AUGGGUGUCGUCCUUCCCCCAUGGGAUGAGAUUGUAUCUGCGCAUUUGAGGUAACUAAACUCUAUACUCCUCUAUCUUUGCUAUCGCAGAUGUUUGUGGGCUCUUAGUAAGGGCGAUUUUGAGGAAGCAUGCGCUUGUCAAGUUAUUCUUGUAAAAUAUCCUUUCCGGCAUUAUUUGUCUAUGAAUUGCUUUGCUAACUAUCUUUACAAAUACUUAAUUUUCUCUCCGAGUUCUCUAAAUCCUCGGUUUUAUUAAUAAAACUGAGAAUCGAAAUUGCGGAUCUUGUAACCGCUUACUGAACUACGGCGGUAAUUUUUGAGAACGACUGCUACUGGAGAUAACUGCAUUUUAUUUGCUCUUGCAUUUGCCAUCUCCCUUACGCUGGUAAUUUAGGUGUUUCUGGCCACGAAUACCUUCACCUCUUCUCAUCUCAAACUGAUAUACAGGGCUGAAUUUGCUAUCCACCGAUAUGUCAACCAAAGAAUCAGAUCUAAAAUGCCCUCUUUAGACACAAAAUAAGGGUAGUUUUAGACAACGUUACUGCAGAGAACCCGUGAAGGGCUCCUUUCUACGUGUAUCCCUUUAUCAGCCAGUUUUAAGCCAGAGAACGCGGAAUGUAUACCACGAGCAAUGUAUUACAAGAACCCAUGUCCCUUCUAAGCUUUCGAGGAGAUUCGAUGUCAUCACGCAUCACUUCGAAAAUAGAAACUUUUAGUAGCGAGCCACAUGGACUCUUUGCAUUUCUGCAUUCUCUGUACGAAUGAUGGGGGCCAUCAUCUGAAACCGAGUGUAGCGCAUGGUAUCAGGGCUUGCCUACUUACUUAGUUUUAAAUAUAUCAUCUAACAUGGGUGCCGCGUAGACUCGUCCAGGGUCCGCUGCAUCGCGAUCUUUUGCAGCUUCUAUCUUCAGAUCGCCAGCUGAAUCGUCUGACAAUUUACUUUCUACCGCCAGCCUCGAAGUUCGUUGACGUCGGAUCCCCUACACGUCUGAUCGAACCACGUGUUAACGUUCAUAAGGUGUGGCGAUCGCCUAUCUGAAGCUUUAUCGGUUGUUCUACCUAAGAUGCGGCAUACACAGUAAUUGAUCAAACCGAUCAAAACUCAGAAAAUCCGCUCUCUUAUUGCUUUCGAAGGCUUUUUGCUGUGCAGCAGGUGUUCAUCCAAGAACAAUUCUGCAUACCACUAGACCUCACUCGAACUUCCAAAUACGUGCAUCAAUUCGUCAUGCAUUAUUCCUUAACAUUUUUAAACGGCUAUUGCAAAGAUAUUUUCCGAGGUAAAGGAGGAGAACUGGAUGCUUCCUGUCGUGUUGACGUCGGCUGUUGACCUUCGGACUUUUGCGACCGCGCUUGAUACAUCAACAACCGGCAAGGCAGAACCUAAGUCCACUUAUGGCGGACAUAUGGAACGCGUAGCUCAACUUAUCAUGAAAUUAUUCCAGAUUUGUGCCGCAGAUAGGUAAUAAUUUUAUAAGAUAACAUAUUUAUGUCUGCGUUCCUACCCUAAGUUAAGUAUCACUUGAUUUUCGUUCUAGGUUGUACUUAUUUUACCUUAGCUGAACGGUCGCGGGUUGGUUGUAAUUUGUUGUCGGAAUUAUUCUUUUCGCAUAGUUCUUCUUUUCAGUGCGACACACCCUUGUCAAGUUAAAAUCUAGAGUGUAAGAGUGAAUAGUUCUGGUGUUAUUUUGACUUAUGCCAAAGCAAUAAAAGAUCACACUUAUGAAAAUCGAUGAUUCCGUUCAUCGUGUGCACAGGCGCGAAAUGUUUCCACUCUAGUAUCCACACCCUUGAUACUUGACAAUUUCCUCAAAGCAUGUUUAAUAUUAUUACUUAUAAAGUAUAUUUUGUUAGUCCCCUUCUCAUACCCACUUUGUAUUUUAUUUUUAAAGCCGGACGGCUAUCGAAGACUCCAAAAAGAGGGGCAUGAUGGGUCUUGCAAACCAGCUUUUCAAGAUUUAUUUCCAGGUACUGUCGAUUUACUUACCCGACUCUCGUGCCGCCUCAACAGAUAAAUAAGCUGAACCUUUGUAAAUCAAUAAUCAGGGCUAUUGAGAACAUGAAUAUGGAUCAACAUUUCAGCCUCGCUCAGCGGGUUACUUUUAACUACUAUGUCGGAAGAAAGGCCAUGUUUGAUGGAGAAUUUCAAUUAGGUGAGUUUUUCUGCAUGUAUCAGCCCUGAUGGAAUCCAAAUUGCUUUUACCUAGCGCCCGUUAUUGCUUUUCUUAGUAGAUCAUACUGAUGAGGUUUUACCUGUUUCUACAAGACAAUCUUUGGUUCGAGGCAAUGUUUCAUCGCCAUAUCUUUUCUUAAUCCGUAUUUUGUUGAUUUCUUACAGCCAAUACAGCCCUCACCUUCGCCUUUGAACGAUGUAUAUCUUCUAGCAAACGAAACAAGCGAAUGGUUCUUAUUUAUCUUAUCCCCGUCCGAAUGCUUUUGGUACGUUGCGCUUCAGGGCUUUCUAAACACAAUUUAUGUCUCCACCCCCUUGUUUGGCGUAAGCGUUUCACCCGAAAUCAAUCAUUAGUUCUUUUUGUUGUUUGUGUUAUGGCAUCUGGUCAUCGCUCAUACUCCACUAUUCAAACUCGCAGACCGCCACAAUGAUCAGCUUUGUCUGAGUAAUUCCUACCUUUGAAUCGUAUGCAUACAGUGGAUGUGCUAACCCAUGAAAUUUUAACCGAAAGUCUGAAUGGCGUUUUCGACUCUAAAAGAUUACUCGGGCAGGGUUGUCACAUUAAUCACCGUGUUUUUGCACAUUUGCUCAAGCCUGAAGACGACUUGGGAAACCCGCGUCGAAAAUUUACUGAAGAAGGUUUUCUAUGAUAAUCCAGUUACUUCAGUAUGUCGCCUUUUGAACGAACUUCCUUCUAUCCCCUGGCAAAAACUUCACCCUGUAAAAGUGACUGCUUGAGUUGCAUGAAUUUUUCUCGUUGAUCUUCGACGUCAUUAUCAAUCAAAUGUAUCUCAUAGGAAGCAUGCAUAAAAUACACUUUCUUUUACUGAUUUGAUACGAAAUUACGUCUCUAUAUUUUGUACUUGAAGGAAGGGUGUAAAUACGGUUAAAAAACGUUUCCAAUUCCCGAAUAAUUUUGAAGCUGACCUGUCGUCACACUUGCAUUCAAGGUUUCUAAACUACAAGUUGUGUAUUUUCCGUGUACGGGAGACCGUACAUUCCUCUGAGCCAUAUUGUAAACUAUACAAGCAACAUUAGUAAAUGCAGAUACACGAUGUUUUAUGAGCGGACGUUUCGUGGUGUUAAAAAUCUCAUAAUAAGAAAUUUUAUAAAAUGCGACCUAUGCCCUUCCUUCAAAUAUAAAAUCUAAUGAAGACAUAAUUAUCUGCCAAAUCAGUGAAAAAAUGAAUAUUUUUUAUGCAUGUUUUCUAUGAGAUAUAUUUGAAUUUAUUAGGGCAUCAAAAAUCAAUAAAAAAAUUUGUGCCAUUUAAGUAGUCAUUUUUUUGCAGAAUGUGGUUUUUGCAGGCGGUCGGAAGGAAGUUCGUUCAAAAGCCGUCAUCAUGAAGUAACUGAUUUAAUGUGGGAUUAUUCUGCGCGGUGAUUGAUAUUACAACCCUACUUAAGUAAACUUUUUGAGUCGAAAACGCAUUAUAGAACUUCAAUUAGGAUUUCAUGAGUUAGCACAUCUACUGCGGGUCUAGAUUUCCCUGGGCUCUCCGUUUGCAGCUUGCGUCUCUUUCGAAACUCCUUCUUUGCGGCGGUUGUCAGCCAUUUUGGUCUGCUUCUGGUCGAAAAUAUUUCUUUAGGUGGCAGUGCCAUUCCGUGGAGUUAAUCCUUGAGUUGUCGACCAUUCGUUGACAUCUCGUAAAACAUCCACCCACAGUGUGUGUCUGAUCCCCCCCAGAUAUGUUUUGACGACUUUGAGCCUCGUUUUGGUGCGACUGCAAGUGUUUAUUUCUCCGUUUCUCCUGUUGACGUUUUACUUCAAACUCUGCUCUAGGGCAUCUUUCCCCAACAGAAGCUUCUCGAGAAAUAUAAUCUGAGGGAGUUUGAGGGGAUCGCGGAGGCUGCAAAGUACGUUCCCAUCCCUAACGUUCCAACAUCCCACGCUUUUCCAGAUCAGGCAACAUAAGAAGGCUCAAUGCGGACCUCAGUCGUUACGAGGACUUCUUCAUAUCCUGUGGCGUCUUCCUUAUUUUGGAGAAAUUGAAGGUGAUAGCCUACCGGAACCUCUUCAAGCGGAUGUAGGUGCUUACGGGGUUUUUGGAUGUCUAACCCUUUCUCUUCCAGUGCCAAUAUCCUGAAAACUCACUUGCUACCAAUUGCCGCAUUUACGGAUGCACUUAAAUUUAUGGGGGUGAGUAACUUUGGCCAGUGCAACCUCAUUUCUUGAUUGUGUGACCUGUGUGGGUGCUCUUCAAAGAUAGCUGUCUGGAUGUUUUUUCUCUCUAACAGAUGGUUCUGGUCAUGGCGGCAGCUGAGACAGUCCAGAGAGACUGAAGCAACCAUUUUUCAUUUUUUCCUCACUGUCAGCCAGCCUGAGACGACCCCGAGCCCUGAACGCAGGUUCAGCUGGUCAUUGAGCGGCGAAUCACCUUGCUACUCAGACCAUGGCCGGCUGUUCAGUCGGCUGUUUACUGCAGUUUCGACAAUGCCUUUGUCGGCAAUACGACUUCCCACCAGAUUUCUAGCUCCGAGCCCCAGGUCUGAGAGAGUCAGACUACAAUAAUUGCCGAUAGAAGCGCAGAUGUCGCGUGUGGCCCGUGCUGACAGACUGUUUAGCCUUGUCAGGCAACGCCCCCUGCUCACCGGUCGCCUUGAUGUUGCCUUGCCAUCGGCGUCACGUGAGUGAGUGGGGAGACAGUGCGGUAGGUGCCACGCAAGUCUGCCCCAUCACGCAAGCCCACUCCGUUGCGGUGGACGUCGUCACCAACCGCAUUUGAACCGUUAGGGCGUUGCCUCGCAAUGAACUCCACUCCAAUUUGAUCGCGUAUUCCCGACGGGCCUUGAGCCCGUUGCUGAGGCACUAGAGCUUUCGGGCCAAUGAUCACCUGUUCAAACUGCAGAAUUUUGCCGUUUUUAUACUAACCUCAUGCGUCGCUUAUCCCGUUGGCUGUGUAGUGACUGCACCGGAGAACCGUGGGGUAAAGCUCUGCACACUUACAAUAGAUGGGCCAACUCAUGAAAUUUCGGCCGAAAUUUCGAAAUGCGUUCUUAUUUUGAAAAGAUUAAUUAAGUAGGGUUAAAAAACUAAUCAUCGUGCAGCAUAAUUCUAUAAUUAUCUAGUUACCUCAGGGUGUCGACUUUUGAAUGAACUUAUUUCCAACUGUAUGCAUGAACAAUACUCUGCAAAAAAUGACUACUUAAGUAACAUACAAUUUUCUCAUUGAUUUUCGAUGCACUUGAAAAUUUAAUUAUAUUUCGGGAAAACAUGCAUAAAAUAUUCAUUAUUUUAUUUAAUCGGUAGAAAAUCACGUCUUCUUUCAAUUUUAUACUCGAAAGAAGAGUAUAAUUCAGUUUCAAAAAAGUUCCUAAUUCUGAAAUUUUUUAAUACCGUGAAGUGACCGUUCAUAAAACGUCAUGUAUCUGCAUUUACGAGUGUGGCUUGUAAAGUUAACAUUGCUCAAAUCCACUCCUCACUUUUAUAAAUCCCUUAUGGUCUCCUCUUAAUACCGUAGAGAAACGCAUGGACUGGGAAAUAUAUGGCUUGUAGUUUUGAAACCCUGAAAGCAAGUGUAACACCAGAUCGCGUUCAAAAUUAUUCGGGAAUUAGAAAAGUUUCUUAAAACCGAAUUAUACUCUUCUUUCGAGUAUAAAAUCGAAAGAAGACGUGAUUUUCUACCGAAUAAGUAAAAUAAUGAAUAUUUUAAUGCAUGUUUUCCAUGAACUAUAAUUGAAUUUUCAAGGGCAUCGAAAAUCGAUGAGAAAAUUGCGUGCUACUUAAUCCGUCAUUUUUUGCAGAGUAUAGUUCUUGCAUGCCGUCGGAAAUAAGUUCGUUCGAAAGCCUACACCCUGAGGUAACUGGAUGAUUAUAGAAUUAUGCUGCAUGAUGAUUAGUUUUAGAACCGUACGUAAUUAAUCUUUUCGAAACGAGAACGCAUUUCGAAAUUUCGGUUGACAUUUCAUGAGUUAGCCCACCUACUGUACUUGCCCUUAAUCAGAAUGAAGUGGCAGGAGAUUAUUUAUUUGCGUGUCUGCCCUUUUAUCAGUUACUCACGCCCCUUUUGCCGUUUUACUGCGCUUCAGAUGGAGGACGUCGAUUCUGACGAGACGAGCUGUAUCCUCGCUAACCUGAUAUACGACGUAAGUCGCAUUUCCAGUUUAUAUUUACGGAGUGACCCUCUGGUACAGCACAUAAUUCCGGAUUUUUCCCUCCAUCGCGCGUGCACUGUCAAUCAAUGCAUGUGCGUGUGUUGCCCAUGCUCCUACAACGCGCGUUUAGCAGGGCUGCGCACCCGUUACAGAUGCCACACAUGAGGACUGUCCUGGCACGCCUAGGCGCGGGCUCGCGCCACGCCGUCCAUAUGCGCCCAAUCCCUGCAUUAGACGACUGACUGGCUGGAACAGCUGACUGGUGCGUGGGAGAGGCAGGAGAGAGUGAAAUCGACUCUGGGGACUCCGUCUCUAUUGCAACCAGCGCGCAUUCUUCGCCAUAGCCAAUCUGAUGCGGUGUUAAGCUGUCACUAUGCGCUAAGAGCCGCGGUUUGAACGGCUACCAACUGACGGGCUACAAUGGCUCCUUCUUAAUAUGACCUCUAUGACACACCGACUUAAGUGGGCUCUGAUCAGCCGCUUUGCUUCUGUAAAAACCUUGGCCAUCGUAAACGUACCGGGCGUGUGAUUGGCACGCACAGACGGGCUGUUUGACUUAGCUAGGAUCGCAGUUCGUAGCCAGACAUACGUUGAUAAUGUCGACGUACUUACUUGUAAUCAGUAGGUGUGUUUAUCUUGUCUAGGGAAGUUGUUAUCAGUAGGUAUGCUUCCACUCAGUUAGGCAGGUCGUCCGCUUCGGUCAGGCUGUUGGGUUUAGUGAGGGUUAGGGUUAGGCGUAGGUUAAGUUUUAGGAUUAGAGUUUGAGUUUUGGGGUUAGGUGUUAAUGUUAGGGUGAGGGUUUAGGCUAAUAAUUAGGGUUUGGCCUUAGGGUUGGGGUUUGGCCAUAGGGUUAGGGUUAGAACAUUUGGCUUAGGUUUUAGGUUAGGAUUAGGCUUCUUGUUUAGGAUUACGACUUCCGGGUUAGGGUUAGGACUUCAGGGUUAGGUUUCCGGGUUAUGGUUAGGGUUUACUAUUAGGUGCUCAACGCAUACGAUUAGGGCGCUCAGCCACUGCGCCCCGCUCUGCCUCUGAUUUUUUGAUUCGGACUCGGAUGGGUGAGGGAAGGGAGAGUACGGUAGAUACUUCGCAAGUCUGUCACCACUGGUAGUGAGCGCUCACCGAUCGUUCCUAUGGAACUCACUCGUCCCGUUGUGCCUUACGGGCUGUCUAUCGAGCCCAACAAUCAGCCGCACAGCGGCGCAUGAUAUAGGCAGUAUUUUAUUACCGACAUACGGACCCGUGGCCCUGUGGUUAGAGGCGUUGAACUUUUAACUAACAGGUCGCACGUUCGAGCCCCAGGUGUUCCACACUUCGGGGGUGGGUAUGACUGGUUGACGACGGCCCAUAAGCCAGAAAUGGCCAUUCCAGUCUCCCUUGUCUUUGUCGGUAAUAACUAUUAAGUGGUUUACGCUCAAGUCACCGUCCCUGCGUCCAACAUGCUGUGAAACUCAGGCUGGACAUCAUCGUUCGCGAUGGUCGAGCAGUCGUGUUUGGCCCAUACGUCCCCACGACGCAUAGCACUGUAACGCAGACCUAAGCAGGAGUUUGCCUUUUACAGCGUUUUCGCUAAGACGACUUAUAAAACAGACUUAAAGUUUGAAGGAGAGUAGACAAAGGCCAGGGAGACUGGAAUAGCCGUCAAUGGCCUUUUGGGUGUCGUGGGCCAACCGUGCCCCAUGUCGCAGACCUGGGCAAGCUGGGCUCAAACCCUAACUUUGUCCAUUGAGCUGACAGUUUGUGAGAGCGCAACCUCAUCGGAUCAAAAGUGAAACUAGGCAAAAUUCGGUAGUAUCUUUGAACGGCCGGACCCCACCGCGGUGAUUUUUCUCCCCUCCGCCACACGCCGUCUUAUGCCGCAUCAGUGUGUUUUCCGGCAUGUUGUGGAUCUGUUAUGGCUCGGCUACGAACUCAGUAAUGGCUCGAACCGACUGCACAUUCGAUUGUUGUCCCAGCCACCAACGCGGCAACCAAAACAGAACACGACUGACCGUGAGAAAAAUCCAUUCGCCUGCAAGUCGUCCUUCUUAGAAAAGUAGCGCGCAUUUAUAACAGCCUACUGUGGUUGGCCAGCAUUCUGCCCAAUGCGAUUCAUGAAGAGAAUUCCCGGCACACGCUGAGUAACUUCUCGCAGACACGGACCAAUCAGGUUCAACGGUUGCAGCCCAAUGGCGAGACUCUGUCAACAUCCUAAUAGCAUGCUGGGGAAUGCGCACGUGUGAUUUCCAGUGAGAAUGACUGGCUCAUGCUUUUGAGUAUGUAGGCAGGGGUGUUGAAUUAAUUGACGUCUGCACAUAUUCACCACUGUUGUUCCGACGUUUUUAUUGACGACGUAGUCGAUUCGGGCAACAAACGAGAUCACUUAAGAAGAAACGUGACCAACUCCGACCGCCAUGAUUUUUCUAGUCGUUUCUCUUCGAAAAUAGACUCUUGAAGCAUCUGUUAACCACUCUUUUUACCGUAUGAUCUGACAGUGCAUUCUUCUUUGUUAAAGUAUGUGGGCUAAUUUACUGAUUAUCGAAAGUCACUUUCGAAACUGCGUAGGAGUGGCCUUCGCCCAUCGCGUCUGGAUUCAAGACAUGGUGGUGGCAUUCCAUCUUCCUACGACCCUCAAAGGCGGUUUUGCGACAACGAGCAGUUAUUUAUACAGUGAUUUAUCGACAACAAAGAGGAGGUCUGAAAGGGCCGUUUCUGAUUUAUUAGCGGUCGUCAGCGCGCCCUCUAUCCUGAAAUCGAACCAGGUUUAGGAGUCUUGUUUGUGUCUUUGGAUACUUAGGAUCGCGACCCACUCAAGUAUUAUAGUAUUACAUUCCAUAACCAACAAAACUCAGGUUCGAAUCCAAGGUCUUUCUAUGCAGGGUUUAGGUUCAGACUUUGAUAGAUGUUUUUUGUUUGUCUUGAUUUUAAGGCGUUUUCUGAAUAUUUUUUACCUUAUGAGGCGGAAAGCUGUUUUGGUGGCCGACUAUUAUGUGAUUUUCAAAGUGCAGAAACGACGUGGCGUCUGAGUUUGACGAAGAACUAACGAAAUAAUUUAAGGAUGCUGGCUUCAUAACCUUCCAACUAAGGGUUUCUUGAUUAUUCUGUAUCAUAAAUUUUCCAGUUCCGGAAGUCAUUCGCCUCCCGUAAACUCCCCUUCCCCCAAUCAAGAGCCUUUCUUCUCACUUCAACCGGGCACGACUCCUAAUCGUUGGAAAUGAUCGCUUUCAGGGCUUUAUUUUUGUCAGUGUAUAUGAAACAUCGCCGUGGUCGGUCACUUGCGAAUUCAUUGCACAGGAUUGACGAACCAGUACCUGGAGCACUCACAUACGCCAGACGCAUUCGCCUUAACUACCCUCAUCGCACUCGCACGUUUGUCCACCGAAUGGGCUUGUUGGACCACAUGCUCUUUCACGAAAACCUGCGGUAGACAACCGUCGGCUAAAUUACAUCACAUAUUCCUCCAUCUACAUCACUCAACAUCAUCAUCCACCGCAAGCAUCCCAUUGUCACUUCCCGCGCAAGUGGAAGUGUGCGCCUCGUCGCCAUCUCUAUGCAACUCCUACUCCGUGUGGGAUUCGAGUCUGAGGCUAUCACGGCGCGUAAGGCGCCAUGGCUUGGAAGGCUGCACAAUGACGCCCAAACUCUGUCCACACAGUCUGCCCAGUUGCCUGUAUGUGUAGAGUGGCGGACUGAUGAGCUGAGAGCCAGGUUAAAGCGCCAUGUGAGAUGUACGCCGCUCAACCCGCGUUGUGUGAAAUCCUGGUGCUUGUGUUUGGGGGGUCAGGUCGUGUAUGUGGCGCUCGCAGUCACCGCGCCCAUCCCUCGCAUCAGUCAACUGACCGGCUCGGACAGUGACUGGGGCCCCGGGAAUGGGAAGGGAGAGUGAGGUCGACGGCUCAGCGCAUUUUCCGCACUAUAAACAAUCUGACGCGCUCUAAGUUAUCACGCUGCGCCAAUAGCCGUGGCUUGGAGGGUCGCCAACUGACGGGAUUACUUAGACCUCGGAGUCGGCAUUUGUGUGUUUGCGUGGAGCGGCCGGCUGGUGGUCUAAGAGCCAGGCUACAAUGGCUCCUUAAUGUGGCCUUUAUGACACUCCCACUUCGUGGGAUUCGAACCGGGUGUGGCGGCACGCCUAGGAGCGUCCUUGGCCGCGUCAGCCUCCAUUAUUUUGCUGUUGGUUAGAAUCCUGGUCAGUUAGUGUGUGGACCAGAAGUGUGGAGUGGAACGCCAGGUUGCGGGCUUGACAGCGCCGUCCACUUGCGCACUUCCCGACCUCCGGUCUUCUUGACUCUGUCUUGAAACCAGAUCCAGGUGGGGGAGGAGGAGAGAGAGCCUUAUAUGUUGCGCAUGUCUGCAUUCAUUUCAAAAUUUAUCACGCGCAAGUCACCGUGACUGCUUGACCUUGUUGGCUGACAUGUACACUCUUUGCUUAAUGAGGCCACCUCGUCUUUUUAGUAAACGCGGUCUCCUAGACCGUGAACAUGAUCAUUCUUGAAACACACAAUAUUUUCACUACUAGAGGUAAAAGGCGGGCUUAAGAGAAACGCAAGACAAGGAUAGGCCAGUCUACAGGAUCGUUGUUUUCUUCGCCUGAGCUUGCGGGCCAAAUCAGUAUCUUAUCAUCCGAGAAGCAGGAAGACAAGGAAUGAGGGUCAAGUGCUUGUGUUCCUGCUCUAAAACGGCCAGAAAGCUGUUUUCGGGUCUGAGGAUGACCACAAUUUUGGGACUCGGCAAGUCGACCUGCCUCCUGCUUACCACCCACGAUGGUUUUUCAGGCUGAUUUUUGCCUCCGACACGCCGGGCGGCACUAUGAAUGCUGUUGUUGACACAAGUCCGAAAGUUUGUGCAGGGAUGUUCUGAGUGGUCAAGAAAUGCCACCGACAAAAAAAGAAGGUAGGCCACACGAAAUACUUCGCGAUUAUCUAUUACUCGUUGUUAUGCCACCAGCCACGAGUGCCUUCGGUUGGUGGUGUAAAGCAAAGCGGACUCAUUUCUUCCUAAAAUCGGGAUACAUCGAUUAAUUUCACCCCAGUCUGGUAUCCUACUUUCACACCGAUCUUCAUUAACGAGUCCCUUUCAGACGUUUACGCUACUCGACUUGCCUACUAGCUACUUUCCAGUAGCAGUUUUACAUUGGCCUGUUUUUUGCGAACGAUUACCCAUUGACCAGCUGUUUGUUCGUGCCUUUUCAGGGGAAAAUCAAGGGCUAUUUGGCCCACCAACAGCAGAAGUUAGUGGUGAGCAAAGUGCAAGCUUUCCCUCCCCUGUAAAUAUCCCCGUUCCAUCACCACCCGCCUAUCGGUCUGUACAGCUCUGA